AUGAGCCGAUGGCACCAUUCAUCGUGUGCGAGUCCGCUCGUUGUUGUGGAGCAAAAUCAGCCAACCUGCAAAUCCUGCGGCAAUUUGCCUGAUGUGGAUGCCCUUAUCAAGGCCCAGACGACAAGCAGUUCCAUACCAGAUCUUCCACCAGAUGAGCCUCAUGGCCAGUAUAACUUAUGGUGGCCGCCAAGCAUCACGUACGUCACUGAGGCGCCGGAUGGCACGCGAACUCGAGUCACGCCCCCCGAUGAGAAGAACAGCGCCACUGCUUCUGGCAAUACCAAGACAUCUCCUUCACACCAGAAUGUCAUUUACCCAGCGUCUCUGAAAUCAAACGAGUUCCGCGUUCUGCUCAUGUCCCCGGUCGACGAUGUCGACUAUCCAGUUCAUGUAGACCUAGAAAAGUGUCACGAUGACGGGCACUCCGAAUAUGAGACUGCAUCGUAUACCUGGGGUGGUGAGGACAGAGACAUUACGCCCUGCAAGCCCCUCUUCAUCGGGCCCUACUGGGAUGUUCUCUUACAGACGCGAAAUUGCUGGGAGCUCCUCCGCCAUCUGCGCCCACGAAGGGGCCUCCGGACUGUGUGGGUCGACGCGAUCUGUAUUAACCAAAGCGACCUGAAAGAACGCGAGGCCCAAGUUGCGAAGAUGGGACGCAUAUAUCGGAACGCUCUAAGAGUCGUACUCUACCUUGGACCUGAUCUAGCACCACCAACGUCAAGCUCUUCAACCUACCCCAUCCGACACGACCUGUACGGGUUCGACUCGCUCAAGGAGAAUACGAAAUCAAGAUCUUUCCGAAGUGCAUCAGAUCCGCUCUUGUUGUCAAAAGUCUUUCAGAGGGAAUACUUUAGAAGAGUGUGGAUUGUGCAAGAGCUCGUGUUAUCUCGCCUCAUCACGUUCCGCGUUGGCGAUGUGGAAUUUAUGGUCGACUCUGGUCAGCUCUUUGACGAGGAGAAUGAAAUCAAUAUUGAAAACGCCAUCAUACCCUGGUUCAAAUUUGCCACAAAAAGAAGCCAAGAAGGUCGCGGGGCAGGUGCCUACGACGACUUUCUGUACUUUCAUCUCCGAUGGAAGAGGCGACCCAACGAGCUCGAUGAGCUUGCCGACCUGAAAAAAUCGAAUGAUCACGGCUGCAAAGGCUUCGAUGUAUUGAAGGCGAUCGGGCAACAUGCUGGAGAAACUCUGUGGAUCACGUUCGAUUGGAUCACCUUGGAGUGCUGGGCCCUUUCGCAUGAAUUCAUAGGUGACUGGAAAGACCUGAAACAUUAUUGCAAGGAAGGCGAGGACGCCAUGGAUCUCAUCGAGAAAGGGCCAAAAGAAAAGGAUCGAGACAUCCAGGCUCCAAGAUGGCCGAGGGAGUUUGUGGAGAGGCUCGGCAUUGAUGGUAGUACCUGGGAGGUCACUAUAGUUUGA